AUGCUCGCCCUCGAACACCCACCAACCCAACUUCCCCCACCACCAACCUCCCUAACCUCCCUCCCAAACGAACUCCUCCUCGAAAUAAUCCCCCACAUCUACACCACCCCGCACGCCCUAGCCUGCAUCUGCCUAACCAGCGCCCACCUAAACGCCCUAGUAAAGACCUACGAAAAGACCCUCGUGCAAGCCAUCCUCCGCCAACAAUCCCGCACAUCCCUCCGCUUAUUCCCAGGCCUGCGAACAAAAACCUUCAAAGACCUCUCAACCCUGCACACCCGUCUGGCAAAUCUCUCCACUCUACAUAAUCAAUGGCUACAAAUCACCUCCCACGGUCCCGAACUCCACUGGCUCAAAGAAGGGCGCUGGGAGACAAUCCAUAAAGCUGGGACGUUUUGCGCUGGGGAUGUUAUGCAGAGGAGUGAUGUGGAGUUGGCGUUUGAGGAGAUGUUGUUGGAGUUUGGACCGGAGUUUUUUGGGGCUAUGUUGAAGGCUGGCAAGGUGGAGAUGAAGAUUAGGGAGGGGGAGGGGUUGGAUGAGGGGGGUUGGGCGGUUCGUGCUCUAGAGAAGGAAAUCGCUGGGAUGGUUGAGCGACAAUUACCUUCCCCUGAUGGGUUCCCCAAACCACCUACCUUGACUUCCUGUUUGAGGAGAGCUUUCGCUGCCAAGUUGGGAUGUCAUAUUAGUCAGAAUGUGGGCAAGAUGUGGGAGAUUUUGUCGUCGAYGAGUUUUGAUGAGGUGGAUGAGGAGAAGUUGGUGAUGAUUAUCAACGGGGAGGAAAUCAAGGGGGGGAUGAAGAGGAUCUUUUGA